AUUCCUCUAUAAAGCAAAAGAGAAAAGGUUCAAAGCAAUAAUCAACUCCAAUAUCACAAACUCAACCUAUUAACCCAUUCUUCCAGUUCAAUCCAUGACCCACAUCACAAAUCCCCAAUUCCUUUCUUUGUAAGUCUCAAAGUUUCCAUCUUUUUCUUCUAAACUAUUCUGGGUGUUUCCAAUUUUUCUUCUUUGUCAUAGCUUCCAUGAAAUGGUUUUGCCGAUGAAGAUGCCACCCCCAAUGCUUAUAAUUUAAUUUUGUCUGCUCAAUUUGUAAUCUGAAAACUUUGACAUCAAAUUAUAAGCUAAUUGGGUUUUCAAAAAUUGUUGCUUUUCACUUUAUGGUAACAUUCAUCCAUUUGACAGAUCAAUUCUGCUCCAAAGUUUGGUGCAUCAUAAAGUGUAUCACUAUUUAAGUGAAUUUUUUUUAAAGUCAAAAUGGGCCUAUCAAGUCUUCCAGCACCAUCUGAAGGAGUGUUAUGCAUAAUUCUAGUAAACACUGCCAUGUCCAUAUCCAUAUUCAAAGGGAUUAUUAAAACUAUCCUACAUAUAAUUGGCAUCAUUGCUUCACCACCACCCUCCUCAACUUCAGAUGAGUUCCAUCUCAGUCCUUCAGAUGAUUUCAUUCAAGAGUUCAGAAGCAUGACACCAACACUUAGGUUUGAGAGUGUGUGUAGUAGCUGCAAAGAGCCUGAACAUGAUUGUUCAGUUUGUCUCACUCAAUUUGAACCAGAAUCAGAGAUAAACUACUGUUUAUCGUGUGGACAUCUUUUCCAUAAAGUUUGUUUGGAGAAGUGGUUGGACUAUUGGAACAUUACAUGUCCACUUUGUAGGACUCCUUUAAUUCCUGAAGAUGAUGCAUCUUGCUUUUCAUGAGUAAUGAUUAAAGUAUGCACAAGGCUCUUCAUGUACAGUGUAUAUAUUUGUGACAAUUUUGAUGUUCCUAUGUAUCUGACUUUCUUUUUAGCCUUCUCAGUGCUUUGCCUUUUAUGAUGUAGAGUUAGUGGAGGGUUUUGUUUUGUUUACUAUGUGUUUUUUCUCUGUAUCUGAUCAUGAUGUUGCCACAUAUGAGAUCAGGGAUAUACUUUUUUUGGUUAUUUGUGAUUUGUCCAUAAUGUCCUCCUUGUUAGGUACUGUAAGAUAUUUUGGAAGCCCUUUUUCUUUUUUGGAACACUUUAUGAUUAUAAUGAAGCAUGUGAUGAGUUAGG